CCGCCCGUCAUUUACCUGCCUCUUCGCGCAUCACCAAAGAGGAUCUCCGAAAACCUGAUUGGAGCAACCUGAUUGGAGCACAAUUUCGACAACUGGAAUUCUCCGUCCUGUCAAGAGCAGCGUGUUCAAUUUUCUCUCGCACAGCCUCCACAUUUUCCUUAGCAUUUCGUGCCUCUUCCUCGUCAAUGAACCAGCAGUGACGCGCGUUUUCCAUGUCCGUUGCCGGUGGACACUUGAUCGAGCGGUAAGUUGCCGUUCCUCUGACCUCUGGACGGUCCAACGUCAUUGCCAUCGUCGAAGUCCACAUAGCCGUGUCGCGACGAUGAAACGAGCGAUUCGUCUCGUCAGUCUAUGUCUUGAACCACGAUAGAGCACAUGAUUGUAGUGAUAGCGAUGAAGAGAGGAUAGAUGAUCGGGUGACAAGGGAGUGAUAACGGUGGACCUCCGCAUGCGCGCGCCGCAACGAGGUAUCGCGAAGGCAGCGAGAGUUGAAAGUACGUGAGAGAGGCGACUUGAGAAGAGAGGAAGAAGAAGAAGAAGAAGAAGAAGAAGAAGAAGAAGAAGAAGAAGAAGAAGAAGAAGAAGAAGAAAUUGCAGCGAUGUUGAUGCGCCGCUGUGCCUUAGAACGCCGAUGGACAACGAACUCGUCGUCGUGAGGCGAAAAUCGAGCUGACGCCUCCCUCCGCCGGAGAACGGAACCUGGCCGCGACGUCGAGGAGCCGAAGCCGGAGCUGGAGGAGGAGGAGGUGGAGGAAGAGGAGGAAGAGGAGCCGCCGGACGUAACCCUCAAGGCACCGGCUCCCGUGAAUAUGAGCAUGACUCUCGUCCGAAAUUCGUUCAAAGGCUGUAGCGAGGACGACGCAGGUGUCGUGGAUACGGAGGUGGGCGGAGGUUGCGCGGGUGGAGCGCCAACCGCAGGAGGUGGAAGUGUUGCCGGCGAUGGAAGUGGUGGCGGCAGCGGUGGUACGUGCGGGGGGGUGGGUGGUGGCGGCGACAGCGAGGGCGGAUCAUCCGCGAAGCAGCAGCAGGGUGGCGAAAGGUGUCCUCAGUGCGGCAUCCCCUGUCGGGACGUCCGUGUCCUGCAGCUUCAUCUCGAGGACACGCACAAAACGUCCUGUACCAUCGACAAGCACGAUCUCAACGCCCAGUUCUCCCAAGUGUCCUGUAAGGUGUGUAGCAAGACCUUUGCCAACGUCUACCGAUUGCAGAGGCACAUGAUUAGCCAUGAUGAAAGUGCUGUUUUACGAAAGUUUAAAUGUCCUCAUUGCGAGAAGGCCUUCAAGUUCAAGCAUCAUCUUAAGGAACACCUGCGCAUUCACAGCGGUGAGAAGCCAUUCCAGUGCAACAAUUGCGGCAAGCGUUUCUCUCAUUCUGGAUCGUAUUCAAGCCACAUGACAGCGAAAAAGUGCUUGAUAAUGAAUCUGAAAAAAUCGAGGCAGAACACCAUAACCAAUGUUGAUCGGGGACAGAAAAAGACGCAUCAGGCUUUAUCGGGACGACGUGACGUCGAUCUGCUGACAGCCAACAAUAAUACAUUUCUGCCGAUUCUGCCCAAGUUAUCGCCGUCGGAGUAUCAAGAGAUACAAAGGGAGGGAACAGGUAUUUAUGACAUGCCAACUCUGUUGCCUCACAUGAUGGGAUUCGGAAAUUAUUUCCUGCAGUCUUCGAUAGGCAAGUUGCUGAACCAAUUGCACGCUAAGCGAUUCGACCACAUUACUGAGCAAUUUGAGACGCAUCGGGAAGUGAUGAGUCCAUCGACAGCAGACUCUGAGGGAACGGAGGGCACUGAGGGCAAGGAGUCUCCCGCACCGGUAGAUCCGUUGCAAGGUCUGGAUGCAGUCCGACGAAUAUUAGAAACUGUAAACACCUCCGUGACGAAGCAGCUGCUUGAAGCGAACAUGCGAAAGCUAUCCACGUCUCCAGCUACGAUGAAACGGGAGUUCGAAGAGGAUUACCAGGAUCAAGAUAGCGAAAUGUCUAAUGAAAUGACACAUUGUCCGGAUUGGGGCACAACGGAUCAAUAUGAUUCACAAAGUGAAGGUUUAGCCGCGAAGCUCGAGAAUAUUAAUCAUCCAACAUCGAGAUCAGCCAAGAAAAAAGCGGAGGAAAGUUCUGAGGCGGAUUCGGAAGAUGAAGAAGAGGGCAACCAGACUCAGAACGACCAUGGUAGAAGAGUCAGAGCUAGGUCGCUCAUAGAUGAUGAACAGCUUGCUGUUUUGAAAGGUUAUUAUGCCAUCAAUCCGCGACCUAAAAAGGAGGAGAUCAUCAUGAUCGCUGAUUACAUCAAGUUUCCUACUCGUGUCGUACAGGUUUGGUUUCAAAAUUCACGUGCCAGGGAUCGAAGAGAAUCAAAAAUACCACCAGCUCUGGUACCUUUAGCACUUCCAGAGAAUCCAUCUAUUAUUGAACAGCCUUUGGAUUUAUCGAAGAAAGAAGCACUUGUUAUAUCAGCAACCAAAGAAAGUGAUACCUCAAGCAGAAACACCUCGUCUCCAUGCGAACAAAAGGAUGAUAUUGCAGCUCCAACUGUCCCCCCCGACAACGAUGACCUCGAGGAUUUACCUUUAGUCAUAGACGAAGAAACCGCUACUGAUCCCAUUGAAACUAAGCGUAUACCUCCUAGUGGAGAAAUAAUCACAAAGAAUCAAAAUCAAGCGAACGCAAAGGGCGAGAGCGAAAUUGCACCACAAUCGGAAAUAACCCCUAUAGCAACAGAAAACGAGCAGGGUCUUUAUUUCUGUGAUCGGUGUGAGAAAACAUUUUCCAAACACAGUUCCCUUACGAGACACAAGUAUGAACAUUCCGGGCAAAGGCCCUACAAAUGUGUGGAGUGUCCAAGAGCGUUCAAGCACAAGCAUCAUCUGACUGAACACAAGCGGCUGCACAGCGGCGAAAAGCCCUUCCAGUGCUCCAAGUGCCUCAAGCGCUUCUCUCACUCCGGCUCCUAUAGCCAACACAUGAAUCAUCGUUAUUCUUAUUGCAAACCCUACAGAGAAUAGAAGUACUCAGUCUUCUUAUCUGAGGCUCGUUCGCUUACCUAUUAGAUUAUACUUUUCUCCCAUAGACUUAUAUAGAUAGACCGUGUUCUCCCGUUGGAGGCAAGAAGUCAGAAGUUAGUAGAGAGGAUAAGAGACAGUCAGAUACUUUCCUUGUCCGACUGGUGCAGUUGAAGAAGAGAAGGAAAAAAAAAGAAGCGGUUUUUUUCUUUGUUCU